AUGGAAAAUCCACUUCCGUUGUCCCGCUGACAAUUUCCAUACUGCAGGUAUAUAGUUCAAUAAAAUAUUCUCUGCUGAAAGAGUUAACUUUUUCUGCACAGUCAUAUAGUUACACAGUCCAGCACUUUCUCCCAAAGCUUGUUAAGUAAAGAGCACUGUACAAACAUGUGUUUCCGAGAGACAUAUUUCAGAAAGCCUGAAAUGAUAUGAUUUAGCCACAAGAGGGUAGCCGCACAGUGUAUUGUCGAUUAAAUGCUUUGGAAGUAAUAUUCCGCCAGGUGUCGCUGGCCCAAGCCUGCGCGGGAAAUUUUGGAUUUUCGCCUAAAGUCAGCAACACAGACUUACAAUAGCAAUAAUGAUAGACUGAUAACUCCAUUGGUUGAAGAUGAGAUAGUCUGGUUCCUUAGAUGCCAGGAUCUUAGCUUGCAUAGCUCAGUCGGUAGAGCAUAAGACUCUCGGGUUCGUGGGUUUGAGCCCAACGUCGGGUGAAAAGGAGGUUCGCCUAGAUGACCCUCGUGGUCCCUUCUAUGUCUCACACACCCUGACAAAGUUAGCUGCUGCCUGCCCAUAGGGAACAAUGUGUAAAGUUCCAAAUUUUACAAAGUGAAACAGUAUAAAGUUCGCCUGGCGCCUUCAUUAUACACCUUUAGGCGCCAGGCAAAAGCGUUCUUUUUAAACCAGGUCUUUGUUUGAUUUGAUUGACAUUCUAUGCCCCUUUAAAAUCUGGUUCCUUUUUGGGGGGGAGGUGUUAUUGGGUUGUUGUUUUUAUUUUGAUUAUAUAUAUAUAUAUAGUGGUUUUAUAUUUUGAUUUUGUUCUGUGAACCGCCCUGAGACCUCCGGGUAUAGGGUGGUAUACAAACUUAAUCAAUCAGUCAAUCAAUCAAUCAAUCAGUCAAUCAAUCAAUCAAUCAAUCAAUCAAUACCCAGCCUUGUCACUGAAAGAUCUCCAAGUUCUCCAAGUGACAUACAGAAUACUGUAUAUAAAAAUUUACAACACUGCUGGUGCUCUGCCAAAUGACUUGCUUCAAUUAUCCAAAAGAAGUGACUUCAAAAUAUAACAGUAAAGUAUUAUCAGAAAUUUAGAAAAUAUAACAAAAACAGGGCUCCCCCCCCCCCCGGGGAACUCAACCGGCACCUUUAGUGUAACAACUUCAUGGGCGUGUACCAGCACCGUUUUUCUUUCCUAGAAGAAAAAAAGCACCGACCAAAAAACUAAUAUGUAUAAAACUUGUCUUUGCGCGUGGACGCCAAGCGAAGAAGUCUAGCGAGGACAUUCCCAUGCGACGACCCGCCAGCUGGCCCGCUUGUGCACCUCUUUUUGUUUUUGUAUGUCUAGGGUUAUAGCGAGGGGAGGGCCCGCAGCGAGCAGAAGGCAACAUGCCGGCUGGGAGGCAGCGGCUCUUGGAAGCCUCCGCGGGGAAUGGAGGCAGCGGCGGCCAAUGGGUGAUCGUUGCGCCAGGUAAAGAACUCCUUGCAAAGAGGCGCGGGGAGAGGGCUGCUGCAGCUGUGAAAGGAUGGGCUCUUUUUUGGGGUGGGGGGUGGAAUAUCUUUUCAUUUGAAUGGAUGGAUCUUCCCGCCCUUGUCCUGAAGUUAUGUUGCCCUCUUGGGGCAACGCGUGUCUGUAUGUGCGCGUGUAUGUAUGUAUGUAUGUAUGUAUCCCCCUAAAAGGCAUUUCUGGAGGAUCUGAUCAGUGCCAAAGGAACAGAAAACAUCUCGGCGAGAAUUUGCAGAAACGAAACUGGAAGUCACUUCCUGGAGCACUUGGGGCUUUUUUUAAAAAAAACGGGGAGGUGGUGGAGCCUGCUAGCAAGAUAAUGAAAAUAUGAUCGCUUUUUAAAAUGAGUUGUGGCCGAUAAAGGCCUCGAUCCAAAGAGCUGCUCUUACACGUGUCCAAGGGGGUCUGGACUUGUUUUCCUCAGUUUACUGCUGUGCUACGUUGGGACAGCUACGAUAUGGCCCCAGGAGAUUUGCUGUUUAGAGCUGGGGGGGUGUGUGUGUGUGUGUGUGUGUGUGUGUGUGUGUGUGUGUGUAAAGAGCAUAAAUAUAUAUACUGAGGGCAUCCCUAAGGUCUUGCUCUAGCAUCUCAUUGGAUCACAGCCAUAAUCAUACCGGUUUGUAUUUCUGUGGCGGUCGCAGUCAUGAGCGGGAAUUCAUGGUAAAGCUAGUUCAUUGAACGCAACGUUGGAGACCACUAUUAAAAUGCUGCAGCAUUUGAACUGACUUCUGUGACAUGCAGACAUUGCAGAUUUUUUAAAAAAGCAGGGGGUUUGCCAAUAUUUGCAAUGGGUGGAGAAGAUAGGUCAGAGAGGACCUUCUCACAGUUGUGCCCUUCUUUCUGGCACACACAUGCACGUGCAUGCAUGUCAACUUGUGUGUGUGUGUGAGUGUGCACAAAGUGUGGGAGGAUGAGACACAGGAAGCAAGGGUUUCCUCUUUCUGCCUUUCUCCUGUCACUCAAGUUUCUGUGUCCUCCUGAUCUUCUCAGUCUGACCUCUUUCUCCUCCAUUUCAUCUGCCUCUGAGAUGGGAUUCUGACCAUGUACACAUGGCCUGGUGUAGCCAGGAUUUAUUUUCAGUGGCGGGCAGGCUUUAUAUUUGGGGGGAGCAGAACCAAGUUAUCUGCAAUGCAAUUGGUCAGUUAGUUAAGUAUUUUUAUCUAUUUACUUGAUGGGGGGAAGCUGCCCCCCUGCCCUCCUGGCUACGCCCAUGAGUCUUUAACAUAUCAAACUGCAGGAGUGGGAGCCUGCCAGUUAAGACUGUUAUCCCAUGUGGCAAAACAAACACUCAAAUCCCCACAAGGAAAGAUCUAUCUAUCACACCAGGGAAAGAUAUUGUGGUCCAACAUGUUUCCUAUUGGUGUGAAGUUUCUUUUAUGUCAGGUGACAUUCAAGCCCAUGCAAUAUUUUACCACAUCACAGCUCUUAUUGCUAUGUUUUGUUGCGUGUGUAGACUAGGCCUACAACUGUGGGGAAUGAGGGCUGCUCCCCUGUCCUGCUUUUUGCCUCUUCUCUCUUCAUCUUGGCUGUUGCUGUGCUUUGCACUGCUCUCUCUUUUCUUCUCCUUUAUUCUGCUUUGCCUUCCGGCUUCAGAAAGCAUGGAGAGAGCAAUGGCUCUGCCUAGCUGUGUUUUCAGGUAAAACUAGGAUGAGUAGCAUGAAAUGUUGUGGCAGCUCAGACAUACUCUCUCCAUUCCUAUGAGUGAUGAUGAUGUCGACUUGAUGAAUCUGAGUGCACAGCUUCUAGAUUGCAACCCUGUUUAAUAGAAGUCUGUACAAUGGUACCUCGGGUUACAUACGCUUCAGGUUACAUACGCUUCAGGUUACAGACUCCGCUGACCUAGAAAUAUUACCUCAGGUUAAGAACUUUGCUUCAGGAUGAGAACAGAAAUCGUGCUCCAGCGGCGCGGCAGUAGCAGGAGGCCCCAUUAGCUAAAGUGGUGCUUCAGGUUAAGAACAGUUUCAGGUUAAGUACGGACCUCCGGAACGAAUUAAGUACUUAACCUGAGGUACCACUGUAUUCAGAAGAUAGGGGCUCACCUGAUCUUCUGGGGGCAAUUCUUACUCUCCACAGGUAACAAGGGAAGCCUCAACCAUAUUUACAGUAACAGUAGUUAGAUGUGAAUAUUUUUAAAUAUAUGAAGGGUAUAUCUCACUUUGGAAUUUAACUUUUUUUCAGAAUCUGCUACUAAUCUGCCAAAGAAGCCAGGCUCUGAGCCUUUAUUUACAAAACUGCGUAAUCCAAGUACAGGCAAGUCUGAAAUUGUAAUUCUUCCCUUACCUUCAAAUUUGAAUUACAGUCGUACCUUGGUUCUGAAACACCUGUGACCUGAAUGUUUUGGCUCCCUAACACCGCAAACCUGGAAGUGAGUAUUCCAGUUUGCGAACGCUUUUUGGAAGCUGAACGUCCAACGCGGCUUCUGCAGCUUCUGAUUGAGUGCAGGAAGCUCCUGUAGCCAAUCGGAAGCUGCACCUUGGUUUUUGAAUGUUUCGACAGACUUCUGGAACGGAUUCUGUUCGAGAACAAAGGUACCACUGUAUUUCCUUUGUAGACUGAAGCUUUAAAAUGAUGUGUUUAAAAAGAGUAGGGCUUUUUGUCUAUUCAGUAAAUGUUUUCUGUAAGAUUAUGUCUGUAUGUUUCUGUAUGUUGUGAAUUGUGUUUUGCUGUAAAAUACAUGGGUUUGGGGGGCUGAGUUAAGCUGCCAGCUGUUCCUCUGUCCCAGAACUAAUAAAACAAUGGCUACCUCCAAGGGAUAUUGUUGUUGACAUCUGUCUGUCUCGAGAGACAAUGGAGUAUGCCGCUGGGGGUGAAUUCAAACCACUGUGUUAGCAGCACCACAAGCCUGGGCAAUGUGUAUGGAGAUCCCGGGCUGCCCAGAUCCAUGUCAGAUUUCUUUGAAAUUAAUUCCCAAGGGUCAACAGAACUGGGAUAUGUUCAUCUCACAUGAUGUCUGUAAUAGACUUGGUUCAGACAUCAUGCCAAACUAUAGUUAAUACCGGGACACGGGUGGUGCUGUGGGUUAAACCACAAAGCCUAGGGCUUGCCGAUCAGAAGGUCGGCAGUUUGAAUCCCCGCGAUGGGGUGAGCUCCUGUUGCUCGGUCCCUGCUCCUGCCAAUCUAGCAGUUUGAAAGCGCGAAGUGCAAGUAGACAAAUAGGUACCGCUCCGGUGUAAACGGCGUUUCCGUGUGCUGCUCUGGUUUGCCUGAAGUGGCUUAGUCAUGCUGGCCACAUGACCUGGAAGCUGUAUGCCGGCUCCCUUGGCCAAUAAAGCGAGAUGAGCACCGCAACCCCAGAGUCAUCCGCGAUGGACCUAAUGUUCAGGGGUCCCUUUACCUUUUAUAGUUAAUACUAUGGUUUUGUAAAUCUACUUCAGGUCAUGAUUUUCAGUUUUGCUUUGCUGGCUGACUGCAAACCAUGGCUUGCCAGUUUAUACACGAUGCUUACAUUCAGAUGGAACACGUUAAGCAAAUUUAGCUUGUGUCCUGCCAACCUGGCAGUUCGAAAGCACGUCAAAGUGCAAGCAGAUAAAUAGGUACCGGUCUGGUGGGAAGGUAAACGGCGUUUCCAUGCGCUGUUCUGGUUCGCCCAGAAGCGGCUUAGUCAUGCUGGCCACAGGACCUGGAAGCUGUAUGCCGGCUCCCUCGGCCAAUAAAGCGAGAUGAGCACCGCAACCCCAGAGUCAUCCGCGAUGGACCUAAUGUUCAGGGGUCCCUUUACCUUUUAUAGUUAAUACUAUGGUUUUGUAAAUCUACUUCAGGUCAUGAUUUUCAGUUUUGCUUUGCUGGCUGACUGCAAACCAUGGCUUGCCAGUUUAUACACGAUGCUUACAUUCAGAUGGAACACGUUAAGCAAAUUUAGCUUGUGUCCUGCCAACCUAGCAGUUCGAAAGCACGUCAAAGUGCAAGCAGAUAAAUAGGUCUGGCGGGAAGGUAAACGGCGUUUCCAUGCGCUGUUCUGGUUCGCCCAGAAGCGGCUUAGUCAUGCUGGCCACAUGACCCGGAAGCUGUCUGCGGACAAACGCCAGCUCCCUCAGCCUAUAGAGCGAGAUGAGCACAGCAACCCCAGAGUCAUCCGCGACUGGACUUAACGGUCAGGGGUACAUUUACUUUUAUGAGCUUCCUGCUUGUGCACGCAGCUUGAGUCUUCCUUCCCUCUUCCUUUCCUGGAGCAAGGAAGCAAACCACAGAGUUGGCUGGCUUGACAUUCUGUCCAAACCAAUGUUUGUGUUCCAACUCCCCACCAAAGCUUAUUGCUUCUCUCUACAUUUAGCAUUACAUCCAGAUGUGAUCCCUGCGAAACGAUAGUUAAGCUUCCUAAACCAUGGGUUGGCACAGGAGUUGUCAACCAUUUUGGACCCAUGGGCACAUUUGCAAAGCAGGGAAACAAUGGUGACCCCCCCCACACACUUCACCCGUUCGUGCACAGCAGCCAAUUGUUAGCUACAACAUAAUGCUUCUUUGCAGACUAAGGGGACUCAGCGGGUACCUGGGAAGGUCUCUGUGGGUGCUUGUGUUGGCAAUCCCUAGUUUCAGUGUGAUGCUUAAACUUUUCUAUUUGUCUGAGUUUCUUUUGCACUUAAGGUUUGCGUAUAGUCCGGCAUUCUCCUGAGAGUUUACUUUCUUCUUUUGAUUGGGGGUGGCUAUUGGCAGCUUCAGAAAUCCGAAACCAAUAUCUGUGUCGUCGUCGUUUUAACAGGACAAGCAGCCCUUUACUUGUUCGGAAGUGACGGCUGUCAGGUGUUUGAAGUGAAAGCUUUUCAUGAAGAAUACCGGUCGUGGUUUAUAGGCGAAGCUGUUCAACAUGGUGAGCAGUGUCCUCUUUCUCCAUUUGCAGCCUGAUCUUCAAGCAGCGAUUCCUUGUGAUUUUAGGCAUACACAGAUUCCUGAGCUACUGCGGCUUAGUUUAUCCUCAUUUACAUGUAACGACCUGGGCGAAGCUUUAUGCUUCCAUUGCCCGCAAUUCAGAUCUGUAUAAGAAUAUACACAGGAACAUAGGAAGCUGUCUUACACCAAGUCAGGCCUCUUGGCUCAAAACUGUCUACAUGGAUUUGCUCCUGGAUAAAGAAAUAGGUUUGUGCACCCAAAAUCAAAUAUAGCAAUAUUUUAUUUGGGGUAUAGAACCUAUUUCUUUAAUCAGGGGAAGAUUGUCUUUAUCAAGGGAAAUUACUAUUAGAAUUAAUUAUCUAUUGUCACGAUGAUGCUUUUUUAUAUACUUUUAGAUGGACGGCUAUUAUUUGCUACACCAGUGGAUCCCUUAUUUCUUUUGUUGUUUUACCUUACCAAGGCAGAGAAAGAGGUAGGUAACUAGAAAUUUUUAAGGAUGACAUUAUAUUGCUUUUCUCCAAAAACAACUGUAAAUUAAUGCUCUAAAGUAGGUAGGUGUUCAAGUGUAGUCGGUAGACUCCACUACAUAUUAUAAUGUGCUGGUUAGGUUGGCAUGGCUGUAACUUGAAAUUAUUAAAUCAUGUAGAAAACAACUCCUGUAGGGCUUCAAGCCAAACUGGAACAUGUAUUGCAAGGAAGAAAGAUUGGCUAUUCCAGAGUUCUGUCCGUAAAUCUUGCUAGUGAAAGAGAGAGUUCAAAAUCUUGUUGCCUUUUGGUCUGCUAAUUCUGUUGGUGCAUUUUCACUUGCAGAACUUGCAUUUAUCCUUCACAACAAAGAGUCACUAGGAGUUUAAAAUACUGACUUUUUAAAAAAAGCUUUAUUUAAACACCCUUCAUUAAAGAAUUCUGUUGCCUUUUUCAUCAGUUUGAAAUAACUGUUAAUGCUUUGCUGUUCUUUAAUUUUUUAGCAGCUUUUGGUAGUACCUGUCAUCCAUCCAUCUCUAGCUGAAAUUACCUGGCCAUAAAAAAAAAUACAUUUCUGGCAAAAUAUUUUAGAAUCACUUUAAUCCAUUCACCAUUUUGAUUUAUCUUCCCUUUUUCCAGCAGGGAAAGUUUCAGCCUUUGGAUCAGUUCCUGGUAGACGAAGAGUUCUCUUCCUGUGCAAUGUUGCUAAAUUGCAAGAACGUUUUGCAAUCUGUUCACCACCUAGUAGAUGAAAAAGGUACAAGAUCUGACAAAUAAAAUGAACAAGCAGCAUUUGAUACAGGUUUUACAAUCCUUUGUCAGUUCAUGCUGUUAGGCCAGUGAAGGUUUGUCACAGUCAGCCUUCCCAGGGCUUCACAAGCCAUACAUGCAGAAAUAACUCCCAGUGAACCAUGUCAAACUAUAGAGGGUCUGUAUGAGAGAGGCCACUGAACGCAGAGUAUUCAUACUUUCACGACAGUUUCUGCAAUUGUGAGUGCCAGGAAUGUAAGCUGAAACUCUGAGUGUGUUCAACAUGCCCAAGUUGUAGAGGGAGGGACUGUAGCUUAAUUAGUAGUAGAGUACAUUUUUUGCAUGCACAUGGUCUCUGGUUCAGUCCCUGACAUCUGUAGGUAAGACUGGAAGAGAGCCCUCUCUGAAACACAGGAGAGCCCUGCCAGUUAAUGAGCAAAAUAGACCAAUGCUUAUAAGGUGUUGUGUGUGUGUGUGUUUCACUGGUAAGCUUGUGUGUGUGUGUGUGUGUGUGUGUGUGUGUGUGUAUAUGUACAGUGCUUUUUUUCUGGGGGUACACAGGGGUACGCAUACCCUUAAACAUUUUGUGAAUCUAACGGGAGAAGAAACAAUAUUUUUUUUUUAAAAAAAAGCUUCUUCUCUAGCACAGUGAAUCAUCAGUUCCAUUGCUACCUCUGAUGACGGCCUCAUUUCCUGGCAUGGUGUUUCCUGAAUCUCAGAUGGAAGUGAGCGUUUAAUGUGUGAAGUAGGAGUUGGAAUCUAGCACGGUGAUUGGUUGGUUUCGUUGUAUUUACUGUAUUUAUUUACCCCGAUUUGGAUUAUAAAAUGGUGAUUUUCUUGAGUCAAAAUGAGAGUACCCCUAAACAUUUUUUUAGCGAAAAAAAGCAGUGUGUGUGUGUGUGUUUAUAAAUGUGUUCACUGGUAACCUUGUACAGAUGCUGAAAUAGCAUAUCUACUGCAAUGUCUUAUUUCAUGUCAGAGCGGUGUAUAAAUUCAACAAAUAAAUAUAUAAAUGUCGUGAAAGUACAAACCUAAAUACGAGGCGACUCUUUUUGUCUCAGAAAUAGGUGGCAGAAAAUUUUAUAAAUACAGCGAGGAGAAAGCACUGAAGUGGCUGAAGAAGAAGGUAUCUUUAUGUUAAAAGAGUUUCUUUUCUAUUGUGAUGAAUUCUGAAUAUUACAUGUUGCCUUGUACAAAAGCAAGGGACUAUAGUUAAAACUAAAAAAGUGUAACAGUGCUAUAAGGAUGCAGCCGAUUUCUAAGGACCUCCCUCUUCUUUACCUGUACUAUUGAUUGCCUUAGUUACACCAGACCGGAAGGAAGCUUCCCAGUAAGUGUCCCAAGUUCCUAUGUAUUUUCUGGGACAGAUUAGAUAUCGUAGUUGUCAGUAAUUUUCCUCAGAUUAUCCCAAACUCCACCUCCACCCGUCUCCGCUUUGUGACUGGCUCAACCCUUGGGCAGCCAUUUUGUGACUGGUGGACUUCCGUAAUUUUCAGCCAAUUCAUGUGGAACCAUGGGGGUGCAAACUUUUGAGAUCUGCCGAUUUAGUUAAGUACCGAAGGCAUUGAGAUUGUCGUAAAAUAUAACAAUGAAAUACAGUGGUACCUCGGGUUACAAACACCUCGGGUUACAAACACUUCGGGUUACAGACUCCGCUAACCUGGAAAUAGUACCUCAGGUUAAGAACUUUACCUCAGGAUGAGAACAGAAAUUGUGCAGCGGCGGCGGGAGACCCCAUUAGCUAAAGUGGUACCACAGGUUAAGAAUGGUUUCAGGUUAACAACGGACCUCCGGAACAAAUUAAGUUCGUAACCAGAGGUACCACUGUACUGAAAUUGCUGCUUGACUGCUGUUUCUGCCUCUGGUGGGUGUGUAUUCCUCCUUCCAAUUUGUAAAGUACGUACAUGUGUUCUCAUGCUGCACUCGAUUCAGCACUUAGAAAAUAUGACGCCCCUGAACUAAGUUUCACAUUUGCUUUGCAUAGUUACUUGUCUGAAAAUAAAAGGGGGGCAUUCAGAUGUAAUGCAGGACUUUCCCUCUCCUCUCCCCUCUCUCUUCACAUUUUCUGUGAGCAGCAUAAGCUGCAUUCCACUUACUCAUAGACUCAUAGUUGGAAGGGAUCCAAGGGUCAUCUAGUCCAACCCCCUGCAAUGAAGGAAUCUUAGCUAAAACAUCCCUGACAGACAGCCAUCCAAUCUCUGCUUAAAAUCCCCACUUUUUCUGCUGUAGUUAUGCUAGCUUAGUUGUGAUCGCUCUACAAAUGGAAUACCUCAGUAGCCUUUGCUGGCUGCAGUAGGGAAAAAGUUUGGUUAAGAAAACUUUUUAAAAGUGUAUCAAUAAUUUGCUAAGUUUGUAGCUAUUUUAACAGUAAAUUGUAUGUCGUAAAUGCAGUCCUCUGUGAUUUUCUCCUGAGCAGUUACAUUUUACACGAACGGAAAUGUCUCAGGAGUGCCACUUUUUUCUUGCACAAUUCUCAUUCAUCCCACCAAAAGGGGGUUUAUUUGGGCAACCGUAGAAGAUUGUGACCCAUGUCAGUGUGGUAGCAGCUACAAACGUGUGCUAGAUUUCAGUUCGUAGGUUCAGGGUUUGGCUUUGGUGGUACAUUGCAUGUACGCACAACGGCAGCGAUGAUAAGCCCUUCUGUUUUGUGGUUUUUGUCAGGUCGACCAGACUGUCAAAGUGUUAAAAGACAAUGACAUACCUGUGGGUGGAAAGGUGCAGUCUGCUACAUUUAUCAGCGGCAAACGGAACACGGAUACCACUGAAGGUGAGGGGAUUUAGGUCCCAAGUGAAAUAUAAAUUUAUGCUGGUAAGAUUUGUACAGUACUUAAUUUGUUUGCACAUAUGAUUUUUUCUUGCAGUACAGUGGUACCUCGGGUUACAUACGCUUCAGGUUACAAACGCUUCAGGUUACAGACUCCGCUAACCCAGAAAUAGUACCUCGGGUUAAGAACUUUGCUUCAGUAUGAGAACAGAAACCGUGCUCCAGCGGUGCGGCAGGAGCAGGAGGCCCCAUUAGCUAAAGUGGUGCUUCAGGUUAAGAACAGUUUCAGGUUAAGAACGGACCUCCGGAAUCAAUUAAGUACUUAACCCGAGGUACCACUGUAUUUACAUUUUCCUUACUGUAACAACUCCCAUAUGACAUCAGCUUGUGUGUUGCACUUUCCCCUCCUUCACUUAGUUGCUUUUCCAGGCAUUCUUUUCAGUUUCUCUUAAUUUUUGUGUGUGUGUGGUGUUUUUAUAGUUACCAGGCCACUGCUGCUAAACACUAUCAGGCCACAAUGCACCCAUCUCCCUCCCCAAAACUAGUUGAUGUUCCCAGCACUGCUAUCCUUUUGAGGCAAAACAGAUAAUAGUUGCUACAUAACUUUAUAGCCAGUUUUAUGCCUUCAGUAGUAUUCAGUUGGGAAGAGAAGAGAAGGUCAGAUAGGGAGAAAUAAGCCAUCUGGUUGCCUGGGCUUAUGAAACCAAUAGGGAACAUUUGCAUGGCCAUCUGUGUGGUUUUCCAUCCCUUUCCAAUUUUAUUUUUUCCCAAGACACAACCAAUACGAAGCUGACAACCACUGCUGCAUUUUAAUUAUGAGUGACAUUCGGGACAUAAGUACUGCUGGCAUGCUGCAAGCUGUCUAUAGCAUUCAGUGUCUGCUCUUUGCAAGUAUUGAUUCUGUUUAGGGUAGGUGUGAGAAGCCUUUGGCCCUCCCAACUGUUGCUGGACUGCAACUCCCGCCAGCCCUAACCAUUGGCCAUGCUUGUUGAGGGUCAGCGGUUCCCCACAUCUGGUUUAGGCCAAAGGGUGUGUGAGAUGUACUGAUGGGAACACCACGGAACUAAAGGUGCUGAUCACUCAUCACAGAUAGAAGUGGUAAACUUGGGGCAGUGUUAAUUUGGAGACUGAACAUUCUAAAGGAGAGAUGUUUUAAUAAUAUAUAGCAUUUAUUUUGUUUUUCUUUCAGAGGACUAUAUUCGCUAUGCUCAUGGUUUAAUGACUGAAUAUAUUUCUGAAGAGCUGAGUACCGCACUAGCUCAGUAUUUGAGGUGAGUGUUCAUGCUUUAUGUUGUAAGGGAUAACUUUGAUGACAAUGACUGAUUCCCCCCCCCCCCCCCAUGCUUUAGCUCUUUAUAUACAGUGGUACCUCGGGCUACAUACGCUUCAGGUUACAUACGCUUCAGGUUACAUACGCUUCAGGUUACAGACUCCGCUAACCCAGAAAUAGUGCUUCAGGUUAAGAACUUUGCUUCAGGAUGAGAACAGAAAUCGUGCUCCGGCGGCGCGGCGGCAGCAAGAGGCCCCAUUAGCUAAAGUGGUGCUUCAGGUUAAGAACAGUUUCAGGUUAAGAAUGGACCUCCGGAACGAAUUAAGUACUUAACCCGAGGUACCACUGUAUUAGGUGGAAAGGAUCCAUCUGUGUCUGUAAUUUUCAGCCAGUUAAUUUGGAACUCGGGGGCGCAAACUUUGAGAAUCGCUGAUUUAGUUAAGUACAGAAGGCAUUGAGACUGUCAUAAAAUAUUAUAAUGAAAUACUGAAAUUGCUGCUUUACUUACUGCUGUUUCUGCCUUUGCUGGGUGUGUUUUUCUCUUUCCAAUUUGCAAAGUACGUACACGUGCAGUUGAUUCAGCACUUAGAAAAUAUGACGCCCAUGACUAAGUUUCACAUUUGCUUUGCAUACAGUGGUACCUCUGGAUACAAACGGGAUCCAUUCCGGAACCCCAUUCGCAUCUAGAAGCAAACGUAACUAGUGAUGGCACGUCUGCGCACGUGCGCGUCGCUUUUCGCCGCUUCUGCGCAUGCGCGUGAUGUCAUUUUGAGCGUCUGCGCAUGCGCAAGUGGCGAAACCCGGAAGUAACGUGCUCUGUUAUUUCCGGGUUGCCGCGGAGCGCAACUUGAACAUUUUUUGUACAUAUUACAUUUUCUCCUAAUGCUACUUUUAUGUUUUUUAGUCUUCCUGCCCACUGCUUACAUCAUUUGAUUAUUAGGUUGCAUCUGAAUUAAUAUUUGUUGUCAUUUGGCUUUGGCAUUUUUGUUUCAGAACUGACACACAGGGAAUACAACUUUGAAAUAAAAGUAGAAUUCUUUUUUUUGUGUGUGGUGCAUGGCUGUUCUAGCCCAGAAGUUUUUAUUAAAGUUUUCACAAUGCAAUCAAAUUAUAUCUAGAACAAAUGAAGUCAAAGAGAGAGAGAGAGAGAGACAGCAAAAGCCAAGAGAGGAAGGCAAAAGAAGAAAGAAAGGAGAGGAUUGAAGGUUAGGGUAAAACUCGAAUGCAGGGCUAUAUAUAUAUUCCAGUUUUACCCUAAUCUUCAAUCCACAUACAAAAAGUGAGUAUCCCCAGCUCCCACCUGGAAAGUUUCCCCCUUUCCCCAGGCUCCCACCCUGAUAAAAACUCACUCUUGCUUGUCUCCCACACAAAUACUUCAAAAUAAAUAGAUGAGGCACUUACUGAUAAAAUAUUCUAGCUUGAUAGUUCUAAAAUUUGAUUACCUUAACCUCUUUUCUUUUUUGUUUUGCUUUCCAGGCUCCCACAGAUUGCAAGUCCUCCGGCGGAGCCAGCAUCCAAGGUAAUGAAAAUUUAGGUACUGCUGGAUACGUAUCAUUUUCAUGCAGUUAUGCCCUGCGUUUCUUCCAUCACGGAACUUGAGGGCAGUUUGCAUGGGGUUUUCAGGCAGAUCCCUGUUCAGGCAUUGGCCAGACUCAGGUGAGCUUAGCCUCAGCGAGGUGGGUGCAUUGUGAGCCUUCAGACCAUGGUCUGGAACCCUGGAGAUGGUGAAAAAGAAAUGCUGUACCAGAGAAAUCCUUAGAGGAGAGGAAGUCAAGUCCUGAAAUACUUCUUUUCCCAUUGAUAACAAACUCCCCACCCCCAUUGAUAACUGGGCUUUUUUAAAGCAUCGAGCUAAAAGCAUGAAACAGUGUCACAGUGUUCGGCAAGAUGUAAGAAGAAUGUGCAAUUAUUUUUAAUCAAUCAAAUGAGGAAGACCUUUCGAACUGUCUGGUACAUAGAGUAUAUGUUGGCAAUGAAGUGCUACAAUUAUGCCUAUGGUUUUCAAAGCAGGAGUUAUACGGAUGCAUGCAUGAUAAGAAAAUACACUUGUGUCAUUUGUAUUAAUGUCCUUGGCCUCUCACUUCCCCAGGUCUAUACUACUUCCACUUUUCAGAUCUCUGCUUCCUCUGCUCAUAGUCUUCUUCCUUUAUCCAACCAUUCUCACUCAGUAUUUUCCCCACCUCUGCUUGCAUGUUCUGCAAUCGGCUUUCCCACUUAAUCUAGAGGACAGGUGAUACUGCUUUGGAUAACUUUAUCACCAUUGCUCACAUUAAGCCUGAACGUUUUUUGUUUACGCUGAAGAUCGGUGUAUGCAAUACACUGUGAUUUUUAUGGAGCAAAUCCUCACUCUAACAUUGCAGAAAAGGAAAUUAUCAGAUGCCCCUGUGGAAGCAGAAGAAGAUUACACCAAGUUUAAUACUAGUGAUCUGAAAAGCAAAAAGGUGAGUUGUAUAUUGCUUUUCCGACUAGCUUUUUGACUAGCAGCCUCAUUUUCUUGUAGGAUGCUACUUUACUCAGGAGAAAGUAGAAUACAUAUUCUAAGCAUGUACAGUACAUUCUAUCCAGUGCUAUUUUUCCAGAAAAAGGGGUGCCAGAACUCACCAUGAACACCUCCCUCAUUCUCUUAGAAUGGCAAUGGCAUCCACCUGAGAGGUGCCAGAAUUGAGUUCCAGGAAGUUCUGGCUGGAAAAACCUCCUAAUUCUAUAUGUGAGGGAAAAAAACCCAUUAAGUUUUAGAAUAGUAUAUUCUAACUAGUUCAAGAAAUGGUGAAAAUAUUGGUGGCGGGAAUUUAAAAGGCUUUCAUGGCUAUCUAGGACUAAAGAACUAGUAAAGCUUUUAAUAAAUCUGCUACAACUGUAUCCUGGAAUGUUGAAUCCAUUCCCUGAGUUCCUCCACCCACAGUGGGCCACUUUAAGCAAGGGGUGUGUGAGAGAGGCUCCGCCCACCUGCCAGUCACCUGACAUCACUAUGACAUCAGGUGACCCAUUUUUCCUUCAUAGUACAGCUUGAGGCCAAGCCUUGCUAUAAAGGAAAAACAAAGUCCUGCUUUCAGCAGGGGUCAGUUGCCCCAAUGGAGUUCCCAUUAGGGGAGGCCAUAGCACUGCUGAUUCCAUUGAUGGUGACAGCAAGCCUCCCUAGUUAAGGAGCAAUUUUCUAACAUAUUCACCCCGAGCAGUUAGGAUGUUUGUGACAUCAAGGCUUAGGGUUGGAGUGUAGCUUACAGGUGACACUCUUAGCUUAGUAAAAAGGAACUCGAGAAUCACACACAGUACAAAAUUUUGGAGCAGGCAUUGUACAGUAUUUAAGAUGUGGAAAGAGUUGAGUAGUCUGCAUAAUUCAGUUCAGUUUACUCAUAAAAGAUGUUGGAUAACCUGAGAAACACAGAGUUUCAAAGUGAGGAAUUUCAAGCAGCAACAGUAGUCUAAUUUUACUUCUUCAUUUAACCUUUUUAAAAAAAUAUACAAUCCUUUAUCACAAGAUCUCAGGGCGGUUCACUGCAUGUGUGGAUGUGUAUUAAAGAUGUGUAUAUUAAUACUUGUUUUUACUGUAGCAUUUCCGGGAUAAAAAACCAUGCAUUUAACUUCAAUGUAUUCCCAGCAUGAUCAGGAUUCUGGUGUCUGAUGUUUUCAUUAAUGUUUGUGCCGUCUAACUGAUGAAACAUCCCACCUAUCUAAAUGUGAAGAAAUGUUGUCCGGAUCAGGCCAAAUGUCAGCUUUUUAUAUUAGCCAGAUCUGCAAACCAUGUGAUUACAUUUAUCAAAUUAUCCCCCAGAUAAAAUAUUUAGGCACGUAGUGUGAAGGGAUAUACAAUAGCUAACGGAUAUGUGUGGUUUCUGCUUGAUAGGCAUGUGACGUUGCGUGGAAACUUUACUUUAGUCUAACUUUUUUCUCUGUUCUUAUUUCCAGGCAAACAGUAAGAUGUCAGCUGCUCAAAAGGCCCUGGCAAAAGUUGACAAGAGUGGCAUGAAAACAAUGUCUUCUUUCUUUAGUUCAAAAACUAAAACAACAAAAUGAGACUUUUGAUACAGUAAUUAUUUUUGUAUAGGCCAGCUUCUUUUUCACUUCUUCCCUUCCUCCCCCCCCCCCCCCAAGUUUUCAGAUAUCCCUUUACUUAAAGUUAGGGCUCAAAAAUAGAAACAGUACUGUGAAAGUUAAUAUUGUGUAAAACAAAGUCAGGAUAGCCUGUUGUAGUUCCCACUGGGAAAGCUAAUUUUGGUAAUUAUCAUAUCAGCCAAUAUGCUUGUUUAUUUAGCACUGUUAAGCUGUAGGGUGUACAUUGCAAUGUAAUGAGGUAAAAUAAAUUCAUUUCUGAAACAGAUAUUUCUUGUUUCUUGUCUUUUUAAUGGAUGGGGAUUAGGGAAAUGCCAAAUGUUUCCUCCUUUUUCAAAAAAACCUGAACUGGGUUUUUCCCCCCAAAUGGUUUUUGUUGAAUUUCAAAAUAUUAACAAAUACAAAGUGCGGGGGAAAUAAGUUUCUAACGCAUACAAAAACUAAAGAAAAUAAGUGUCAUUAGGAUAUAAGAGCACAUUUUUUAAAAUCACUUUUCAGUUUUAAGAAUUAAUGAUAUACUAAUACUAGACAAAUUCUAAUACACUUUGCCAUUAACAUGGCAGCAUUUUGCUUAUUACAUUAGUGAGCUGGAUUUUUUGUUAGCUGUUAUGCUGCAAUGUAUGGUUAAUCUCAGUUUCUCAAGAAAAGUGAUGUGAUACAUGAUUAAACAUGUUUUCUCCAUGUUGUGAGUGAUCCUUGCUUCAAGAAUAUCAGUGAUUCUUUCUGUGCAAUAAGGAUAAUUUUAAGGGACAUCGUUUUAGAGAGUCUGCUGAUUUAAACAUAAAAGUUUAUUAAAGAGAGUUGGACACUUAUUGGAAGAAAGUCUCAUAUACAGUUACACAAGCUGAGGUUGGAGACAUCUCCUAAUUAGCUAGAAUGGAAAAGUAGCUCUCAGCAAGACUACAAGUUGGCCAAAUAAUUUUCCAUAUAGUGACAGUGGAUCACAUCCAAUGUUGCUGUUCUGGUAAAACAGCUUGUGCAACUGAACUUUCCUCUCCCCUGUAGCUCUUCCCUCCAUCAGUGCAUCUUCAAAAUCUGUCCCAGCGGGUUAGAGGACCCUCCAGAACAGUUUUUUUCCUGCCAAUCUAAAAUGGCACACAUUUUGUGUGGGAGUAAAUUUAUCAGGAAAGAUGGGUGGGGUGUGUACACACUCACACACCGUAUUUUUCUGUGUAUAAGACUAGGUUUCCCCCCUUAAAAAUAAUGUCAAAAAUUAGGGGGCGCCUUAUACAUGCCGCCAUCUUGCCCAAUUUUCUUAAAUCUGAGUCCCCCAAAAUAGGCGGUGUCUUAUACAUGGGGGCGUCCUAUAGACGGAAAAGUACGGUGUGUGUGUGUGUGUUAAAACAGAAGCCAGUAACAAUGUUGUUAAACUGACUCUGUUCAUUCAAACAGACCGAUACAGUCGUCAUGAAUCCAUUUUCAGCAGAGCCCCUCGUUUACUAAAAGGUGGCAUUUGUGUGUGUGUGUGUGUGUGUGUGUUUUAGGUUAUUUUUAAAAAUUGCACCAAAUGUACCAAAAUACCUAUGGGAAAAGAGAGCAGUUUGCUGUUUGAAACUGUAAAAUGGUGCCUAAAAGCAAUAAAAUCCAAUAGCAAUAAAAGAAAAUAAAACAGUAAAAAGUAUUUUAAAAAAUAUUGUUAAACUGACUGAACUGUCACAAUCAAAGUGUUACAAAUACAUUCAUUGACAAAUCAUCUGGGUAAUAAUAUUUAUAGAUGUGCUUUUUUCUUUCACUAGAUGUCUGCUCGUCACCAGAGGAAGAGAUGAAGGGAAUGAAAGGAAAUGUGGAUGCCUUGUUUUAAUGUGGAACAUUCCUAAAGCCAUUUUAAAGAAAUGCAAAUUGUAUUGUUAGAGACUGUUAUCCAGGUGAGAUUCGCUGGUAGAGCUGGAAUUUGAUGAGGUCGAUUUCCCUUCUGGUAUGUGGUUGGGAUCUCUUGCUUGAAGUUCUAGAUUUUGAUCUAGUACAAUUAUUCCUUGUCCUUUGAGCAUUUCUGGCUUGGUGUACCUUGUCCGCUUACUGCUGUCUGCUUUCAGCAAAUGUAUUGAGGGGCUUGUCCACAUGUGAGCAUUAUUUAUCUGUUAAUCCACUUUUCCUCAUCCAAAUUAACUUGGAGUAUUCCACACUUGUGCAUACUUGAAUUUGUUUCUGAGGAGAAACCACAGUCUUUCGCAUUCAUACUGGUAGAAGUUUCCUUUUCUUUUUGAACCUGUCUUCUCAUUUGUUAUUAUGCCAAUUAAGUAACAGCAGAUAGCUGUGCACCUUGGGUUUUUUAUUUAUUUGAAAAAUCUGCAUAAGAAGUGUGCAGUAGGUAUAGCCAGGCAAUUGUAAAUUUGCUUGUGCAGUUUUCUGGUUUCAGCAAAUCUGAUGGUUCAGAAUUAUAAACACACAAAGGGGAAGAGGCUAAUGCUAGUGCCAUUUCCUUGUGCAGUUUUCUGGUUUUGUGCAAAUGUGAAGGAUCAAAAGGAAAAAAUAUCCUCCCUUCAGGAACGUACCAGAAACAGUUACAAAAAAAGAAAUGAAAAGACUGAGGAAGCAGUGGGAUGGAAGGGGGUUAGCAGAAAGUGACAAUUGAUCCAUCCACCCCAAACUACCAAAACAAAUUAUUUGUGACCCUGAAUGGAGCGGUUUAGAGUCCAAUUUCCAGCAAUUUACCAAUCAAGAUUUGUAUUAUUUGAGGGUAACGUUCUGGUACUACACAAAUUACGCGUGAAUGCAAACCUACAGCAAACUCUGGCAUGGGCAAGCUCUAGAUAAUACUGUUUAAUCUUAUUAAGGGCUUAUAUAGGUAAUUUAUUUUCCUUUCUGAAAAAGCGCAACAUCUAACCCUUGUGCCUAUGGGAUGAAAGGUAACUGAAGGACCACUUGCUCCCAAAUAAACUUGCCUGUAUGUUUCUGCCUUCAAAAUGGAGGCAGAUGACAACAAGAGACAGUGCCUUUUCUGUGGUGGUUCCCUGGUUGGGGAAAACUCAGAGAUACUUGGCUUGUGCCUGCUUCACUAACUUCCUGAACUUUGAAAGGCUGAUAUAUUAUUACUGUUUCUUGCACUACUUGUACUACUGUUCUGAUGGCUGGGUGUGUGCUUUUCUUCUUCUUUAUUUUUAGCAAUUUAAUGUUAAUAAUGUGGGUGUUUUUUACUUUUUUAUUGGGUUUCUGCCAUGUAAACUUCUGUUGAAAGUUGAUAUGUCAAUUUUAAAAAGUUGUUUAAUGAACCGGGGACUAUGCAAAGAACCCUUUACCCUGGAUUAUUCCCUUCACAAUAAAGAUGCACUUUUCCCCCACACGUGAUCCCUAUCUUCCCUUAACGCAGGUGUUUUGUUGUGGCGAUACUGCACUUUCCUCAAACUCAAAUCGCAUUAUUAUUUGUUUGAGGAAAAUGGAAUUUUUAGAAGCUGUGUGCUGUUCCUCUACCCAGUGUACCUUAUUUAGAAGAAAGUACAAACCGUAAAACUUCCUAUUCUCCUCCACCAAGUCAUCUUGUUUAAAUGUAUGUCUGGUUAAUUUUUCUUCAGUUUUUUGGAAGCUAUGUCCUGGCUCUGUUUGAUAGGACACCUCUAUCAUCCUAGGCACGUUUAUACAGAAUUAUGUCUUGUGUUCAAGAGGGUUUACUCCUUAGAAUGGAUUUCAGGCCUAGUAUUCUUGGGAUAUCAGGCACCAAAAAGUGUCUUGUGCAAAUUAAAGUCAAAAUGUAAGUGAGAUGUGCUUUGACAGACCAUGGAGAGAAUUGCACAGCACAUCUUUCCAGUUACAGAGUGGCGUUUGUGUCGUGCAAUUCUACUCAAUAUUGAUCCAGAGCAGAUUCCAAUGUAUAAUUAGCAGAGUAAAAAUUAAAACACAUUGCAGGAUUCCCCCCAAAAUAGACCAGAGACAAUUAUAUUUCAUCCAGCAGAGCUUUACGGCUACUGAAGGCAAAUGAGCAUAAUGGUCACAAAUCCAAUACAUUCAGGAUUGGCACUGUCCGUAAGAAAUCCAGUUGCAGCAGACCUAACUUAAACUUACAAUAACCUAUAAUGAAUCUAAACCUUACCACUAAGCAUACUAUGUACAGAACACCACACCAGAAGGAAAAGAGAUAGAAAUCGAAGGAGUACAGCUCCUCCUGAAAUUUACCUCAGGAAAUGGGAAACACCACAGCUUACCCACCUGCCUAACACCCCAGGAACACCUGGCACAGUCAUGGCAUUAAAUAAACAGUGUCAAUUGCUGACAGUUUGCUCUAAGAACUCGAUAAGCUAUGUGUCUCAUCCUUCGUUCGUUGAGCACCAGCAGAAGUGGUAAAUCUUAUUUCAGAAAGUGCCAGGAGCUGGUAAUUGGGUCCAUGCUGAUUCUAAACAAGGGCUUUUGGGAAGGAAAGGUUUUGGGCAUACUGAAUCACAAGAAAGGUGGGAGAGAGAUUUUUAGUCUCUAGUGCCACCUGAAAGGCGAGCUAGCACACUGCCUGUUGCCCUUUGCUGAUUAUUAAUGGCUGCUUCCCUAAGGAAGCCUGAAGAGAGAGUUGUCCAUGUGGCAUUAAGCCCUUUGUAGUCCCCAAAUCGCUGAUCAGGAAAAGACUUGCCAUCUGCAAUUAACGAGGACUUGCUAAUGUUUUGACUCUUGAGAUGUAUGUUUUUAGGACCUGCCUUAUUUUUGUAAAAUGUUAACUCAUUUUUAAACUGCUUUUAAUAUUGUAUAAUAAUAAUUUUAACAUUAAUUUUGUGCUUUAAUUGCUGUAACCUGCCAUGAGACCUUAGGGUGAAGGGCGGAUAACAAAUUGUAAUAAUUGUAAUAAUAAUUGCAGUAAACAACAACAACAACAACAACAAUUUAAGGGAAAGACUCAGACAGAGGUUUUGUUGUGAAUAAAAAAGUAGGGGUGUGGGGUUUUUUUUGCUUUAUAAUUUAAUUCCAUCGUGUCAGAUGUGAUUAUUCAUAUAAAUAAAUCUGAGAUAAUUCAUCU